CCCUGGCGGUCGUUGAAAAAUGGCGACUGUGGCGGAGUUGAAGGUUGUUUUAAAGGACACCUUGGAAAAAAAGGGGGUAUUAGGGCAUUUAAAAGCAAGGAUCCGAGCUGAAGUUUUCAGUGCCCUAGAUGAUGACCGUGAACCCCGACCAUCAUUGUCUCAUGAAAACCUUCUAAUUAAUGAAUUAAUUCGAGAGUAUUUAGAAUUCAACAAAUAUAAGUAUACAGCAUCUGUCCUCAUAGCAGAAUCUGGUCAACCUGUAGUUCCAUUGGACAGACAGUUUCUCAUCCAUGAACUAAAUGCAUUUGAAGAAUCAAAGGAUAAUACAAUACCUCUUUUAUAUGGGAUUUUAGCCCAUUUCUUGCAUGGAACUAAGGAUGGCAUCCAGAAUGCAUUUCUGAAAGGGCCUUCACUUCAGCCUUCAGACCCAAGUCUUGGCAGACAACCUAGUAGAAGAAAGCCAAUGGAUCGAGCCUCUCUCUGUAGCCCAGGCUGGAGUGCAACGGUGUGAUCUUGGCUCACUGCAACCUCCACCUCCCAGGUUCAAGCGAUUCUCCUGUCUCAGCCUCCCGAGUAGCUGGGACUACAGGCGUGCACAACCACACCCGGCUAAUUUUUGUAUUUUUAGUAGUGACAGGGUUUUACCGUGUUGGCCAGGCUGGUCUCGAACUCCUGACCUCAAGUGUUCCAUCCACCUUGGCCUCCCAAAGUGCUGGAAUUACAGGUGUGAGCCACUGUGCCCGGCCAAAAAAUAUUAAAUCUUGAGGCACAUGGGGGAGUAAACCAUGCUCAGACCCAAUCUUCGAUGUUACUAAAAAUUGGAGGGGAUCACACUUCAUGGUUUUGUUUUGUUUUGUUUUUUUGAGACAGGGUCUUGCUCUGUUGCCCAGGCUGGAGUACACUGGUACGAUCACAGUUCACUGCAGCCUCAAACUCUGGGGCUCAAACAAUCCUCCUACUUCACUCUCUAGUUGGGAAUACAGGCACACACUGCUGUGCUCGACUAAUUAUUAUUAUUAUUAUUAUUAUUAUUAUUAUUAUUAUUAUUUUGUAGAGACAGGGAUCUUGCUAUGUUGCCCAGGCUGUUCUCGAACUCCUGGGCUUAAGCGAUGCUUCCACUGCGGCCUCUCAAAGUGCCGGGAUUACAGGCGUGCCCAGCCACUUUGGAGCUUUUUUAAGCCAACAGCAAAAAAAGACUAUAAAAGAGAAAUUUCCCCUUGGCCGUCUUGUUUCAUGAAUUCAUGGAAACUCCCAUUAAACAGCCCAUCACAAAAAAGAUAUGCCAAGGAAAAUUACUUGACAGCACUCAAAGUGACAUUUUAAAAAGAGACUAUUGCCUCCUCCAUCUUAAAAAAAACUGACCUUUUGAGCCAUGAGAAAUAAAACAGAGGCAUCUGAUCGAAUGAUAACAAUGCACUUUUGAAGAUUCAAACAUCGGAACUUCACGCAUUGGACACAUAUCUAUUGAAUGACUGUUAGGUGAACAUACUGUCCCUGCCUGCUUCCAGAGGAUACUAGAAAGGUCUGAGAUGGUUCAUAAAGGCCUUCACAUGUGCUGUCAUAUUUAACAAUCAGAAAGGUACUUGAGGCAAAGAAUCUGAUCAUCUUUGCUUUUCCUUAAGAAAAUGCGCUCAGAGAGGUUUACUGACAAUCCCAAAGGUGCUUGAUUGGUGCUUAAGAGAUCUGGGUUUAAAACCUCAGACUUCUGUCUACUAUGGCCUGUGUCAAAAAGACUGGGGUUGGAAUUCCUGUUCCACCACUGCUGUGUUAUUUAACCUCUCCAAACCUAGAUUCUCAACAAUAAAAUGGGGGUAGGGAGGGAAUUAAAGUACAUACCUUAUUUUUUACAGACAACAUCUUGCUCUGUCGCCCAGGCUAGAGUGCAGUGGUGCAAUCACAGUUCACUGCUCAAGAGUUCAACCUUCCAAGCUCAAGAGAUCCUCCUACCUCAGCCUCCCUAGUAGCUGGAACUUCAGGCUACACUACACCCAGCUGCUAUUUAUUUAUUUAUUUAUUUAUUUAUUUAGAUUGGAUCUCACCAUGUAGCCCAGGCUGGCUACUUAAAAAAUUUUUUUUUUCAAGACAGGGUCUCACUCUGCCACCCAGGCUGGAGUACAGUGGCAUGGUCUCAGCUCACUGCAACCUCUGCCUCCCAGGCUCAAGUGAUCUUCCCACCUCAGCCUCCCAAGUUGCU